GUUUGUGUACGCUCCUUCACUUUACUGUCUCGGAUGUUGACUGAAAAUAAUGAUUUCUGUCUGAAGCAGUAAUGCUGCUCUUUACGUUAUCUGGGACUAGUUGUACGCGUAUUUCUUUAGUGGAGUUUCGGUGAUUAAUUUAUUGGAACAUUGAAUGCCAGUACAAUACACGAAGUUGCCAUAUUUCGGUUGAUUAAUUCUAAGUAAUGAAAAUGGAUUAGCUUACUUAAGUGUUGGCUUAGGCUAAACUUCUUGAUUGGAUAACUCUUCUAAAGACUUUGAACAGAUGGAGCAAUUAACUUCUGAUUCAAUGUUAAAUGAGAACUUAGGUUCAAGAAGUAGGUAAAUCCAGGGCCAGAAGGUAAUUUUAUAGAGAAAUGAGUGUUGGAUCAAAUAAAUGGAAGUGGGGAAAGCAGGCCAGGUCGCUGGAGUGGUGUAUGCAGAGAGGCAAAGUCUAGAUACUGUCAGAGCGCUGCAUCAGACUGUUGUGUCUCUGAGGGCAGCUUUAGAACAAUCAAGAUCAGAGUUGCAAGCACUGAGACAGCAGGUGCAAGGAAAAGUUGAUCCCACUGUUUAUGAAAAAACAAUAGAGAAAUUAUCAUUGGAGAAUCAUGUUUUGAGACAAAGAGUGCUUUCGUCUGAGAAUGUCAGCUCUUUAGGGAUUGAAAUUUCUUUACCAACCAUAACAGAGCAGAAUCCAAACAAGUCUAUGGAUUCCACAGAAAAUGUAGAUUCAGGAAGGGCAGAAGAGGCACAAAAUGUGGAAGACAAAAAUGACAGAGAAGGAUCAAAUAACGACCAGGGCUCUAGAGGACAAAAUGGUUUAGUUGAUCAGCCGUCCUUAGAGAAUGGGGAUGAAGCAGAGAAAUCAGUGCACGAUGACGGGGAUCAAUCGAUAUCCAGUGCAACGAGCAGACAAGGAGCAGGAACUCCUCAGAUCAGCAAGGGGGAGUCGGAGGAUUCUGAAGAACUGGACGAUAUCGAGCUCAUCUUCACUACUGACGACAAGGAGCUCAGCGGGCUACAUGAGGAUUUGGUGUCAAUUGCGGAAUCUGAAACGUGGCAACUUAAAAGAGAAGACAAGAGUACUAAAGAUGUUGUUAGCAAUUCAACUCUCAAGCAUACGUGGACACAUUCUGUGUUUGUAGAGACAGAUAUAUCCAAGUGUGGAGUCAUCGAUGAAGACGAGAGUCCUCAAAUAUGUAGGCGUAACACUUUACCAAACGCUGUUCCUUAUAGACCGAUAAUACACAGAGAAGCGAUGACCGGAAGUAGGGGUCAGUUACUAGAACAAACUCAUCAUAGUCCUCGUCCUUUGCUGGUUAAGUUUUCCCAAAGUUCUCGAAGCCCUAGGAAUACCAGGCCGAUUUUAGCUGAAAAGAAUUCAAACAAACAAGAAUCUGAAGCUCAAACUGACAUAACCGCUCUGCCAGCUCACUGGAGGUCAGAAAGUUUCCUCGCUCAUCACAAAGUCGCAAGCAACUUCACGACAUUACCUUCAAAAUUUGCAAUCCCUGUUAGUCACUGCCCUCCUCGAAAACAGUCGUUGAGACUUUCAGAGAAAACCCAAGAAGCCAGAAGGGUUCUCCUCUCCGAUAUAAAUUUCACAAGCAUGGUCCCAGAACUUUCUAGAAGCGCCGAUCAUCUUUGUAACGAAGCCAUAAAUACCUCAAAUUUAUGUAAGAACUACCCUCGGGCUUUCUCAUACAUGAAGAACGCUGACAGUGUGUUAUCUCCAGGGUACUUAGGCCGGGUGCCUUGGUCUCCAUGCGACUGCAACAGCCAACACCCCAGCUGGGAGUACUAUCAAGGUUCGCUGAUGUCAAUUCCUUCUCCCUCAGUGAUGGAUAUGUCUGAGUGCUCAAGGAGAAGGCACUCGAUGAAACCGUCGGUUUCUUCAUUGGACGCCUCGUGGUACAGCUCUUGCAACGUUCGGCCUAACUGGUCCGUCCCAACGUCUCCGACACAUUGCCGCAGAUCUCGCAGUGUUCCUUUCUCAGCCUCUUACCACCAACCAGACACAAGCUGCUACAGUAUGUGCUGUCCAAACAGGAGACAAGACUCUAAACUCUCAAUAUCUUCAUCAUCUAGGACAUUCAGACCGCUGACCACAUCAAAAAGUCGAAGCAGAGUUACUUUCCAAGAUACAAUUGUUCGGCGCCCUGGUCAAUCUCUACCAGAUCUGCGCUUACCGCUGGAGCAAGACAGUGGCGAAGACUCUACAGAUUCGCUGAUUGAAGAGUCGGAAGAAUUCUUGCGAAGAUCCAUCGACUCAAUGGUGACGGGAGCAGAUUAUGUUCAGACUGCUAGAAAAAGACGUUCGAGGAGAUAUUCUGAACCUUUUAAAGACUCAUUUGAGCCACCGAAAUCAAGUUCACCGUUCCUGGCAAAACUGCCGCGAGACUUGAAGCUAAACUACUGGGUGAAGGUGAUCACCAACGAAGGUCGAGUGGUGGUGGGCCGAGUGAGGUAUGUAGGACCAGUGUCUGGCCGAGGAGACGACAUCUAUGUGGGAGUUCAGCUGGGGAGGUCGGACGGCAACUGUGACGGAUCAUACGGAGGUCGACGCUACUUUGACUGCGACACAGAUUGUGCGAUCUUCGUACCUUUCAAAAAAGUGGUGAUGGCCUGGAGUAAUAUGUAAGGUAUUAAGCUUUAUUAUAAUUACCUAAAGACAUGUUUCCCAUGGUAAUAGCUUCUACUUUGAUCAAUUUUAAAUCAAUAUCGAUGUUAGGUAAGCAUGCACUUUGGCAUUCUACCUUCUCAAAUUCAACGUUAUUUGAAUCAUUCACUGCUGGUUAAGAUAAAUGUUUAAUUUAAAUAGUUUUUUACUAAAUAUUGCAGACAUUUUAUUUUUGGCAUUAGACCAGGUGAAUUUUUUUGCUAAGCCUUACGAACUCAUGAAGAAUAAUCUUGUCGGCUAGCACACCAUUUGAAGUGUAAAGAUAAAUUAAUGUAAUUUUGAUAUUUUAAUUAGGUACAUGAUUCAACAUCAAAAUAAAUUUAUUGAUAAAACUCAUGCAAUUAUAAUUAUUUAAUAUGAGCACUAGUCCUACAUGCAUAACAUAAAAAAUAGUACUAUAAUUCAUAAUUCAACUCACAAAUUUCUUGUAUCUAGAAUUGAUUUGAUUAUUGUUGAAUAGCAAGAUAGAGGUGAUAUUUAGAUAGUGUUCUUGGUAGCUAGUUUUUUAUGUUAUGUUAACGAGAGAAAAAAUCUAUUUAAAUUACCUUUAUCGUAACCUUGAUUUUCAGCUACAUCGAAUAACGUUUUUUCUGGAAUUUUUAUUCACCCCCUUGGAUUCUAGCUUCAAAUAGUUUGUUUCUAUAAUGAUUAAAAUUUGGUAUUCUCUUAUUGUUUUAAUGCAUACUCGAACUGCAGUGUUUAACCCUUUCCACUCGUAUGUCGCCGCUACCGCGACAUUCACGUCUGACCGUUCCACUCGUAUGUCGCGGCCGCCGCGACAUUUUCAGCAUCGGCUUUUUAUUAAUAAAUCCCUUUUAUAUAGUGUUUGCAUGUUUUGAAUUUGUGUUGAAUACAAACUUAAUGAUUUCCUUAUUCAUUUUACAUGUCUUUGGUAGCUUGAAAAAUAAUUGUAAGUUUAUUUAGUCAGCUGUGGAUUAAAGAAUAGAGAAGUGUAAAUAGUAACCAUGACGACCAAAAUCACCAAAAAAUCUAAGUUUGAAAAUGCAUUUUUUCAUUAAAAAUACACCUAAUCCUUCUUGUAAUGGCUGAUUUGAAUUGGCAACUAGAUAACUAAUGUUGAUAAAGUGUUUUACAAAUCCUGAAAAUGUGUUAACGUUUUUUAAAAAGCCUCCUAAAAAAUAUUUUGUACAUUUUAUUUUGCUUUUUUUAUAUUAUGACCACACAAAAAAUAUUUUAUGGGUAUAUUUAUUUUGAUAUUUUGUUUUACUUGUGUACAAUUUUAUGCUGAAUAAGAAUCAAGCCCUCAAGUACAACAAAUAAUUUAUUUUAGUCAGUAUAUGUACACAAAACUUAAAACAUGUUUUUUUGCAUGGCAAUAAAUGCAAGCGCAUGGGACAACAAGGGGUCAACUAAUCCGAGUGGAAAGGGUUAAGAAAUUAAUU